CGCAUUUCAAGUCAAGCAAGCAGGUGUCUCUGUGUUUCAGUGUCUGUGUGUGAAAACUGUAUAACUCCAACUUCCAUCCUCUAUGGGAUUCAUGAUACAGACAUUAGCCUUUUUACUAAAGAGGUCUUUAUGUUUUACUCAACCCAGCCUGGUUCUGUUUUGACUGUGUGUUGAUGUUCCUUAGAAUGGAGCUGAUUCCAAAACUUCUAGCUGGACUUAUGCUGCUGAUCUUCUGCGUGGAAGGUUGCUCUGGCCAACACUGGUCCUAUGGGUUGCGCCCUGGAGGAAAGAGAAAUGCUGAAAAUUUGAUUGAUUCCUUCCGAGAGAUAGCCCAGGAGGUGGACAAACUAGCAGAACCCCAGCGCAUGGAAUGUACCAUCCACCAGCCACGUUCUUCCCUCAGAGACCUGAAAGGAGUUCUGGAAAGUCUGAUUGAAGAGGAAACUGGGCAAAAGAAGAUUUAACUCCAUUGGGCCAGAAGGAUUGACAACACUUCCACAAUUGAAAUUUAUGACCCACUGAACACCUGUAAUUUGUGCGAAUUUCAGAAACUCUUACACUAAGUUGCACAUAUUUCAUAAUAAAGCACUGUGCUGUGAA